AUGUUGGAGUACGGACCAGGGAAACCACUUUACAAAGUGCAUUCAGGACGCUGCAAGAGAAACGCUCCCGGUUCUAUUGCUGCGGGAGAAGUUUGCCUCUGCAUCUGCGGAGACAACAUACACGUAAAAAUUUGUGUGUGUGUCGCCUGCAGCACUAGUGAUUUCAAUCAAGACAUGCGUCUGGGAAGGAAGUUGAGCCUUCAGCUGCAACAAGACCACGAUAAUGAGUGGACUUCAAGAGCGAAGGAGUUUCAAAAAGCGUGGGAAGACAAGAACCCACGAAAAAAUUAUGCUUUACUAAAGCAGUAUAACGAGAAGAAGAAAAUAUGUUCUCCACUCCUCAACACUGCCGAUGGAGUGGCUGUCGGUGAUGCAGCCCUGCCAAUUCCGAGGGAUCACUUCAAAUUCUUGCUGAACCGGCCACAUCAGCUCCUGAACUCCAUAUUGAUCGAAUAA